AUGGAGUCGCCGGCCGAUUACCUCGACUCUCCAAUGGACGGAGAUGAUGUGGCAUACCCGUGCAAAGGCUGCGGAGACAUCUUAGAGGAAGGCAAGGCUUUUGAGCUUGCUGGCAAUCGAUGGCAUUUGAACUGCUUUCGAUGCAAUACCUGCGGAACCCUACUCGAUUCAGACGCGAAUCUUCUACUGUUGGGCGAUGGCUCCCUCAUUUGCAACAAUUGCACAUAUAGCUGCAGUGCCUGUGGAAACAAGAUUGAAGAUCUGGCUAUCCUCACUGGUGAUCAAGCAUUCUGCGCGACUUGCUUUCGAUGUCGGAAUUGCAAGCGCAAGAUCGAGAACCUUCGAUAUGCACGAACCUCACAAGGCAUAUUCUGUAUGAGUUGUCACGAGUCAUUGAUGGCAAGAAGAAGAAAGAAGUCGAGGGCUGCUGCCAACGCAAAGAAGAAAGACGAUCAGUCUCCGAUGCUAGUUGAUAAAUCUCUGCCAGCCUUACCACCCAAUGCAAUUCUGCAGAGUGCUUUCUCACCGGAUCGAGAGACGCCAGAUUCACUAGAUACAGAUACCCCAACAGAGCUGUCUCCCCGUCCGCGGCAGGGCUAUGCGCAGAAUGAUUCCUCGUCACGAAGUAGCUCUCGAAGACCCCAGGAUCGGUCGCCUGAGCGAACCUCGAGUGAAGGACCGGGUCGAGAACGAGAAGGCCUCACAUUACCAACUACCACAUAUCGGAACAAUCGACACUCAGCUAUCUCACAAGCUUCAGAUAUCAAUGGUGGUGAUGGGGAAAGCUUCUUUAUACCGCUGGCUCUUGACCCAACUCCUUCCCAGAACAUGACUCCACGGUCUACGUCCGAGACGUGGGCCGACCCAUCCAAGAAAAGCAAAGAGAACAAGGCUCCGGAGAAGGAUUACUUUGGCAUUUCCAAGAGCAAUGGGAGAUCAGCAGAGCCGAAAUCUAGGGAUGCAAGUUCGUCGUCGACACCGCAUAUCGCGUUCCAAGAGAAAGGGCGCCAGCCUUCUGCGGAAGAGACGGCACAGAUCAAGGACAGUAUCCGAAAAGCCCAAGCUGGGGGCAAGUCGUCCUCAUCUACGAAGGGAUCACCUGCUAUUGGAAGUGAUGACACUCGUGUCCAACAUGCGAACUCUCCAAAGACGUCCACUACCAACGGCAAAGCUCCAUCCACAAGCGACAAGUUCCGCUUAGGCGAGGUUCCGAAGGGGAAGAAGUCUACAGCUUCAAGGAGCAAUUCGCAGUCUGAGAUCAGUGACAGCAGUGUCUCUCGUUCUGCAUCUGGAGGAGGUCUGUCAGCGCCACCACGUAAAGAAGCUUCGGUUAGCACACCUGUAACAGACUCCCCCAAGCAAUUACUCACUACAGAAAAGGCUGGAACCCCGAGGUCUUCGCAAGACUCGAGAACGAGAGAUGAGGCAGAUUCCAGACCGUCUUUCGAUGCUCAUAGCCCUGCGAUGCCAAAACGAAUGGACUCUGGCGGUACCGCGAGGUCGAUACCAAGGAAAGAGAUAGCACCAGGGGCGGUCAAGAAUACGAUUAGUUCCAUGAGCUCUUCUUCUGGCGCAGAGACAUCACCCUCAUCUUCAUCGUCGUCAGAAACAUCUGGACUUACACCGACCGUGAAUGGGAAGUCUAUAUCUGGCCCCUUGGCAUUACAAUUGCCAGGUACUGUAGGUGAGGAUCUGGUUCCACCAAGCCGUGCCCCGAAUCGUCCUUCAGCACCACAGCAGAAAUUGAGCGACACCUAUAUGGCACCAAGAGCUCCACCAGCGCCUCCGUCAGCAACCUCACACGGCACGAAGGAUUCGAACGCUUCAUCUAAUGGUCCGCCAAGCUCGCCCAAGCUACCCAGAUGGAGCGCGGGCGGGGACUUUACAAUGGAUGAGGACAUGGCUAGGAUCUUGGGCACCGAUGAAAGCUCUCAAUCCAUUCUGCGAAGAGUUUCGAAUGCUGUUCGCCAUGGCAGAAACAACAGCGACAUUAGCAAUAGCCCGCGUCAUCCGACACAUGGUCGUAGUGUUAGUGAGACAACUCGCACAACUGCUUCACCACGAUGGCCGAAAACACCAAUUGCUGAAGAUUCAAACGCUGCAGCGAGAGAAAUCAGCAGUCCGAUUUCAGUCACCUCGCCUGUUUCCAAUGACGACCCGGCUUUGUUAAGGAGGCAACUUCGAAACUCAGAACAAAGGGUUGCAGAGCUUGAACGCCGAUUCGAUAGCGAAAAGGAUCUCAAGAAUCUGAAUAAGAAACUCAUCGAGAAGAGAAAGACGGUCUCAGUUCUCGAUUCGCAGACGGAAAUUAUGAUCCGGCAGUUGGAAGUUCUUGCGGGAUACGUCGAGAGGGCCAAAGACUCGAAAGAGCCAAUCAACAUUGCGGAGUUGGAAGAUUCUGCGAUCAAAGAAUUUGUGCAGAAGCUGGAACGCUUGAAGCAGACUAUGUCUGGCUCGGUGGAAUCUCUUUAUGAGGAGCGAAACGACCUUCUGGAAGAGAAGAAUCAGAUCAUCGCAGACCGUGACAGAGCUUUGGUGGAAUUUGAGCAGCUUUCUUCUAAGAAUGCUCAACUUGCUGACAUGAACAAUGACCUAACUCAUCAAAUCCAGGAGCGAUUCAAAGCCCAGAGUGGGAACAGUAUGGACAGCCCGAGACCUCCAAUGAAUGGACUUGGUAUCUAUACUCAUCACAACAAGGACAAGUCUAAUGUCUCGGUGCAUCUCGAUGAAUCAAGUAUUCGACCAUCGACUGGAACGACCACCCUCAUUGGCUCUGUCAAUACUUACCCGCAGCCUAUGGACCAGGAUCCAAGCAUGGAACCGGCAACUGUGCUUUCUGCGCCGCAUGUGAUUAACAUUCGAAAGGGUCAAGCUAAGAAGUUCAACUGGAAGAAGGGCGGGAAAAGUGUCGCACAAGGUGUUUCUAAGGGGUUCAAGGGCGCAUUUGCCAACAUACAACAGGAGCGUCAGCAGCAAUGGGCAGGUCAAGUUGGCGAUAAUAUUGGUUUACCUUACAACAUGACAAUGGCUCCGGUGGAAUCACCUGCUGGUCUUCAACCUCCGACCGUUCCACGAUCAGUGUCAAAUGAUCCGUCAAAGCAAGGUGGUGGCUUUGGAUUGUUCAAGAGUAGGACAAUGCCAAAAUCUCUGUCGAAUGGGAACGUCCUGGCUCCAGAACAUGCCUCGACCCUUUUCGGCUCCGAUCUGGUAGAGAGGUGCGAGUAUGAGAAGCAAAAGAUUCCUAUCGUCGUCAUGAAAUGUAUCCAGGAGGUCGAGCUACGAGGCAUGGAUAUGGAGGGUAUUUACAGGAAGACUGGCGGUAGUGGGCAAGUCAAGAUAAUCCAAGAAGGAUUCGACAGAGAAGGCGAAGAUUGGGAUAUCUCGGAUCCUGAUAUCGAUAUCACAGCCGUCACCAGCGUUCUCAAGCAGUACUUCCGGAAAUUACCUACACCUCUACUGACUUUCGAUAUCUAUGACAGAGUCUUGGAAUCGCUUUCUAUCGAGGAUGACAGGGAACGCUGCAAUCACUUGAGGCAAACAUUUGCCAUGUUGCCUCAGAGACAUCGUGAUACCCUUGACUUCUUGAUGUUCCAUCUUGGUCGAGUCGCGAAGCGUGAGAGUGAGAACUUGAUGACUCCCAAGAACCUAGCUGUUGUCUUUGCACCCACAAUCAUGAGAGAUCACAGCCUCGAGCGCGAAAUGACGGAUAUGCACUCGAAGAACAAUGCUGUGCAAUUCGUUAUCGAACACAUCGAACAAAUCUUCGGACAUCCUCAAGAAUGA